GGUGACCUUCACAUCUACGACCACGUCACUAUUUUGGCGAAUAAUUUCAUUUUGCAAAUCAUCGUUACGAUUGUACUAUAAAAGCUGGUAGUUCUUUGUGAAUCUCUCCACUAACUACAACAAUGAGCGAAAACUUUCAGCCGUUUCCCCAUUUUUCAACUGAUGCAUUGCAUGCAGGCCAGGAUCCUGAACAAUGGAACUGCAAAGCCGUUGUCCCGUUAAUCUCCUUGUCAACUACGUUUAAACAAGAAGCUCCGGGAAAGCAUUCUGGAUAUGAGUAUACUAGAGCUGGAAAUCCUACUAGAACUUGCCUUGAAGCCUGUUUUGCUGCCAUUGAAGGAGGAAAGCAUGCUUGCGUCUUCAGUUCAGGUCUAGCUGCCACAGGCACAGUUACAUCGCUCUUAGACCUUGAUGAUCAUAUUAUUGCCAUGGAUGAUCUUUACGGAGGAACAAACCGUUUCUUCCGUAAUAUUGGUAAGGCAAGAGGUAUAAAAACAUCGUUUGCUGAUAUGAGAAAUCCCGAACAUGUUAAGAAGGCAUUGACUCCAAAAACAAAAUUGGUCUGGAUCGAAACGCCAACCAAUCCUACAAUGAGAUUGGUCGAUAUCAAGGCCGUAGCAGAAAUUGCUCAUGCUUACAAUGCAGAUAUCAUGGUAGCGGUUGAUAACACUUUUACAACCUCAUAUUUUCAAAGGCCACUCAGCUUGGGUGCAGAUAUUGUUUUCCAUUCGGUAACGAAAUAUUUGAAUGGUCACUCCGAUGUCCUUAUGGGAGCCUUAAUGUUAAACUCUACUACACUUUAUGAAAAACUACAAUGGCAUCAACUAGCUGCUGGAGCCGUUCCGUCCCCAUUCGAUUGCUACUUGGUAAAUAGAGGAUUAAAGACAUUGGCCGUUAGAUUGAAACAACAUCAGCACAACGCUUUAACUUUGGCUAAACAUUUAGAAGGUCAUCCGAAAAUAGAGAAAGUUAUUCAUCCGGGUCUGCCAUCGCAUCCCCAACAUGAUUUAGCAGUUAAACAACAAAGAGGCUUUAGCGGAAUGUUGACAAUCUACGUCAAAGGUGGCUUAAAAGAAGCUUCUACUUUCUUAUCAAGCCUAAAGGUUUUCACUCUCGCCGAAAGUCUUGGCGGUUACGAAAGUUUGGCAGAAUUACCAUCCUUGAUGACACACGCGUCCGUCUCCGCAGAAGAACGUGCUAAAUUGGAUAUUUCCGAUUCGCUUAUUCGACUCUCGGUAGGACUGGAAGACAUUGAAGAUUUGAUUGCUGACGUUAACCAAGCCUUGGACAAAGCAAUACCAAGCGAUUAA